UGUUCGCCAACUGAUCAACAGCAUGGGUUCCGGAAGUAAAGCUUUCAUGGCCUAUGUGGUAGAAGGCUUGGGGAACCUGCUAGACUGGGAUCAGGCGAUGGCGUACCAGAGGAAGAAUGGGUCGUUCUUCAACUCGCCGGCGACAACGGCCGCAGCUGCGAUCCACAACUACAACGGGAGAGCACUGGACUACUUGGAUACCCUCAUCAGCAAAUUCGGCAGCUCAGUGCCGACUGUGUAUCCGUGGAAUGCGUACUCCCGGCUUCGCAUGGUGGACACGUUGGAGAAGAUGGGGAUCGCCGUGGGCUUUUCCGGUGAAAUAGACAGCGUACUUGACAUGAUAUACAGCUCCUGGCUGGCCAACAAUGAGGAGAUAACGCAGGACAUGGCGACUUGCGCGAUGGCGUUCCGACUCCUGCGUUUGCACGGAUACGAUGUCGCGUCUGACAGGUUGACCCAAUUCAGCGAAGAAUCCAGCUUCCACGACUCGGUCCAAGGGCAUCUAAAUGAUAGCGAAGCAUUACUAGAACUGUACAAAGCAUCACAGGUUCAGAUCCUUAAGGAGGAGCCGAUCCUGGAAAACAUUGGCUCCUGGUCAGCUAAACUUCUGAACGAACAAUUGUGUUCCAACAAGAUUUCAAGAUCUGUAGACCCCGCAGAGGUGGAACAUGUGCUCAAAAUUCCCUUCUACGGCACUUUGGACCGACUGGAGCACAGGUGGAACAUUGAACAUUCUAAGAUAGGGGGCUUCCAGAUGCUAAAAUCAGCAUACCGCGAUUGUCAGGUAGACGAAGGAAUGGUCGCGCUGGCAGCUGAUGGGUUCCAUGCCUCCCAGGUUUGGUACCAACAAGAGCUUUAGAACCUCAAGAGCUGGGUGAAAGAGAUGUGACUGGAGGAGCUGCAGUUCGCGAGAGUGAUGCCGCUGGUCUGCUAUUUGCCACCUGCUUCCACCAAGUUCCGCUCUGAGCUAUCCGAGGCUCGCGAUGCCUAUGCCAUCGAGAACAUCCUGGUGACCAUGGUCGAUGACUUUUUCGACAUUGGGGCAUCAAAUUAAGGAAGAGAUGGAGAACCUCGUCGCGCUGAUUGAGAAGUACCAAAACUCGCAUGCACCUUAGAAUAUGCCCUUCACUUGAUGCAUCAUUUCCUGCAUGCUGAUCGACAAUGUCCAUCAGUAGUUCAGUAAUUUGAUAAAUUUAGUUCAAUAUUUUGAUGAUUAUUUUUCCUAGCAAUAUAGGUGGGUGUACGAUAACAUUGCCAUUUAUAUAUUUACAAAUACGUGGUCGCAGGUGGGACGCGCACGAAGAAGUUGGCUUUUGCUCCGAGAGUGUGAAGAUUGUUUUCCGCGCCAU